AUGUUUCCUCUUAGACUAAACCGCGACGAUAGGAAGUCCAAGACCGUCAAGGCCAAGACAAACAAAACAAACAGAAAGACCUCAACCAAGGACCCAGAGGAUCCUACCACGGCUCGCUCAUCAACUUCCCAACGCAGGUCCUCCAUGCCUGGACUCGAGAGAUCCGAGGCUGCCUCGUUCCUCGAGUCGAGAACAAGUCUACCCUACCCCACUUUCUCGAAAGCUCACAGCAAGGAAGGCGUCCGAGCGAGCAUCCCUACACCGGAUCCGACCGAUUUGACACAUGACGAGGGGAAGAACGGUCACCGCGAGAAUCACCAUGCGCCUCCUAGUCCGCCGCUGACCGGCCUCGACCAGGAGUCGAGGAAGGGCAGUAUUGUCAACGAGGAUGAGAAGGAGACAGACAAACCCAAGAAGAAAACAAGUAUUAAAAUCAGAGCCUCCGAAGUGAAUAGGUCCUCCUCGAGUCUCCGGUCGAAACGCGAUGACAGCACCAAGUCCAAGUCCAGCAAGACAUCGCGAACAGAGACCCCUACAAAAUCCAGACCCAAGGAUGAGAGUGAACCGUUGCCUCGGUCAUCAAGCUACAAGUCGAAGACAAAGGUUCCCGAGGACAGAAAGCUACCCAAACGGUCGAGUCGCUCGACGAUGUCUGCCUCACAGUCGAACGUUACACUUCGUGAUAUUGGCGCAGAGUCAGCUAACGGCUCCGAUGCGACAUCUAUUGCGCCUAACCAGCAGCAUUCGGUGCCACGAAAACCCAUGACCCCGCCUACGAAGCCUCCCUCUCGCACCCAAAACCGAUCGGCCAUGUCACAUCGCCACUCUGCUAGCGACGAAUCGAUCGAUUUUGUGAAACCAGUGAAUCCGAAUUCGUUUGGCGCACCCCCGCCGCCCCCACCUCCGCCCGAAAUGCCUGCUACUAUCCCUCGAGUCGAUUACUUGCUGAAAAAUGGUGGUUUGGAAAAUAAGGUCUCGAGAGCACUGCUGGCUAGCCUCGGGCAGAAAGAUCCAUUCUCACAAGGACAGCCUCAGUCUCGGGCCAUCGCUGGAAAAAUAUUCGAUCCAUAUAACCGCUUACUAGACGACUACCAAAAGGUCAUGAGUAAGAAUGGAUCUCUUGCUGUCGCAACAGGCUACCGGUCCGUCGCCCGUCGUCUACUGGAUCGUCUCGAAGCUGUGUUCGCGCGCGACAUCUCGUCCGAGCCAUGCAGCUGCCAGGUAUGCGACCAAGCGGAGUCAGACGAUCGACCAGAUGGAGUGAGCUGGGGCGAGGUUUUGGAGCUUGUGUCUGGCCGCAGGGAACUUCCGAUGUGGCCUCCCUUCACGAUGGCCCCCACUACCGUGGAUACCGGCGCGCCAGGCGAUGAGCACAUUCCAAUGCAGAAGCUUGACGUCGACGUUCCUGAAGAGUAUCGCGAACACUUCAUACGGCAAUCUCGAAAGACGAAGGUCGCUGUCGACAAAUGGCUCUAUGAGCAGAAUGAUCCAGGCACCAGUGCUCCUAACGAGGUUGACGAUGAGACGCUGACCUUCGCCAUGCUUACGCAUCUCGAACCUCACCAGCGCUCGUUAUUCUGCUCUUUACUCGGCAUCAAUUCUUCUACUCCUGUCCCGCGGUCCGGCGACGAAAAACCCCGACCGAAACCUUCGGCGCUUGUCUCGUCAGCCUCGGCCAUCCAGCGUCUUUACCGACUAUCCUCCCUCCCUCGCGACCCAGAAACUGCUAUGUACAUGUUGAAUAAUCCCACUCUCCACCAUGUCCUCGCCACCCUUUCCGCCAUUAGCGAUGAUGAGUGGGAGAUCCUCAUCUCCGGCCGCUUUGACGGAUUCCUCCGCAGUGGCGCAGAAGACACAGGCCCCGCCACGAAUGCCGCCGGAUCUCGCUGGGGCAGUCGCUCCAACACACCCUUAGGCGGCGGUAUCUCCCGAGGUCCAACACCCAACUAUAUGGAUGGCAGCUUCCGACCCUCCAGCCAAGUCAACGGCGUACCCUCAACCCCAGCCUCAUUCGGUGGCCCGAUUGCACUAGACGAGGAGACCGAAAUCGCCGCGUUAGCAGAAGUUGAGCGCGACAUUUUCCUCGGAAUGGAAGCCCUCGAAGACGCCUUCGAAGCCCUCCACUGCAAAGCCGAAGUCGUGCGGCGCGCACUGCGCGAACGUGGCGCCGGCCUCUCUGUAGCAAACCAAAGCCGCCGGGGCUCAUUCGUCGAAGCGCGCCUGGGCACCCCCUUCUCGGGCGUCGGCACAUGGGAGAGCGGCGGCGAAGACGACUUCCUCGACGACGAUCGUUCUCUUGCGCCUGAUGACUCGGCGAGUAACAUUAGCUCGAACCGGCGCCGCCGGCCCAAGAGACGCACGGAGCGACGCACGCCUGCGCCUGUCGAGGAGGAGGAUGAGGAAGAUGACGGUCUUGGUCGUGGAGAUACACGCACCUCGAGGCGGAGAUAG